CGUUGCAUCAUCCUCUGUCCGGAGAUCUCUGCGGCCAAGCUGGGAGCUCCAGCCCGCUCCCAGCGCCUCCCCUGGCCUCUCUCUCCACACCUGUGUGUGCGCCCAGCCCGGCGGUCUCCCGAGGGGGUGGUUCCCAGAACCAGACACAGCUAGUGGAUUGCGCCAGCUCCGCCUGAGCGAGCCAUUCAUUGAGAGUUCCGUCUUUUACUAGAGCCCAAGUCCUUCGCUCUUCCCCAGCUCUGAGCUGCAGCAACGUCAUGGAGAAGAGCAGUGACACCAACGGCUACCUGGACAGCGCCCCGGCGGGGCCUGGGGCGCCCGGGCCCCCCGCGGGGCGCGCGCGGCGCUGCGCCGGCUUCCUCCGGCGCCAGGCGCUGGUGCUGCUCACCGUGUCCGGGGUGGUGGCGGGCACCGGCCUGGGCGCGGCGCUGCGCGGGCUCGGGCUCAGCCGCACGCAGGUCGCCUACCUGGCCUUCCCCGGGGAGAUGCUGCUGCGCAUGCUGCGCAUGAUCAUCCUGCCCCUGGUGGUCUGCAGCCUGGUGUCGGGCGCCGCCUCCCUGGACGCCAGCUCCCUGGGGCGCCUGGGCGGCAUCGCCAUCGCCUACUUCGGCCUCACCACGCUGAGCGCCUCUGCGCUCGCCGUCGCUCUGGCAUUCAUCAUCAAGCCGGGGUCUGACGCGCAGAUCCUGAAGUCCAGCGACCUUGGGCUGGAGGAUUCGGGCUCCCCUCCGGUCCCCAAAGAGACGGUGGAUUCCUUCCUCGACCUGGCCAGAAACCUGUUUCCCUCAAAUCUUGUGGUUGCCACUUUUAAAACGUAUGCAACUGAUUAUAAAAUGGCCCUCCACAAUAUGAGCAAUGGAAACGUAACUCUUGAAAAGAUCCCGAUUGGCACUGAGAUCGAAGGGAUGAACAUUUUAGGAUUGGUCCUCUUUGCCCUCGUGUUAGGAGUGGCCCUAAGGAAACUGGGCUCCGAAGGAGAAGAGCUCAUCCGUUUCUUCAAUGCCUUCAACGAGGUGACGAUGGUGCUGGUGUCAUGGAUUAUGUGGUAUGUCCCUGUGGGCAUCAUGUUCCUGGUUGGAAGCAAGAUUGUGGAAAUGAAGGACAUUGUCACGCUGGUGACCAGGCUUGGGAAAUACAUCUUCACAUCUAUCUUGGGCCAUUUUAUUCACGGAGGAAUUGUCCUGCCGCUUAUUUAUUUUGUUUUCACCCAAAAGAACCCAUUCAAGUUCCUCCUGGGCCUCCUCACACCAUUUGCGACAGCGUUUGCCACCUGCUCCAGCUCCGCCACCCUCCCCUCCAUGAUGAAGUGCAUCGAGGAGAACAAUGGCGUCGACAAGAGGAUCAGCAGGUUCAUCCUCCCCAUCGGGGCCACCGUGAACAUGGACGGCGCGGCCAUCUUCCAGUGCGUGGCCGCCGUGUUCAUCGCCCAGCUCAACAACUUCGAGCUGAAGGCGGGGCAGAUCUUCACCAUCCUCGUGACGGCCACCGCGUCCAGCGUCGGAGCGGCGGGCGUGCCGGCCGGAGGCGUCCUCACCAUCGCCAUCAUCCUGGAGGCCAUCGGGCUGCCCACUCACGACCUCUCCCUGAUCCUGGCCGUGGACUGGAUCGUGGACCGGACCACCACGGUGGUGAACGUGGAGGGCGACGCCCUGGGCGCGGGCAUCCUCCACCACCUGAACCAGAAGGCGAUGAAGAAGAAGGGGGCGCAGGAGCUGAGUGAGGUGAAGGUGGAAGCCGUCCCCAACUGCAAGUCAGAGGAGGAGACGUCGCCGCUGGUGACACACCAGAACCCGGCGGGCGGCCCCGCUGCUGCCUGCGCCGUGGAGCUGGAGUCCAAGGAGUCGGUCCUGUGACGGGGCUGGGCUCCCCGCUUGCCGGCCUGUGGCAGUGCCCACCACCCUCACCGACUUUAGCCUCCGGGCAAUGCGCUGGCCCAGUCAGCGGUGUGAGGAUCCCUUUCUCGGCACAGGCAAUGGCUUUCCAGCCAGAACUGGCUCCUGAGGACUAAGGUCACGGACAUUCAGCUUGAUUCCCCCAUCUAGAUGCAACCAUGUGCGUGCACCAGGGUCUGUCGGAAGCACGCCCUGGAGCGGCCAGGCUGGGGGAGACAACAGGCUGGCAGGGACCUGCCGGUCAAAGCGUGGGAAAAUGCAGAGGUGCCCUUCAACUGCACCCCGCCACUGCUUUCCAGGCAAACGUAGGGGGUUUGCAGUCAUCUGUCACAUUGCCUUGCUUGCGAGCCUUCAUGACUGGAACAUUCCCAAGUUCUUUCGCCUUGAAUGGAAUUCGCUGAGCUGGGACUCCGGGUGUUACAGUUUGUGCUACAAUUAGGUGCCGCUGGCUUCUGGUUCAAGGGUUGCUGGUGGACUGGCGGUGCUGCACGCUGUCAAGUUAGAAAUACUCCAGACGGUGGUGGGACUGCUGGCUUCUCUGGUCAGAGGCAUUGAGUCAACAGUGUGAACUCGGAGAUCAAAGGAAGGAGCAGGAAUGCAGCCUGCAGGGGGAAGGGAAGCAACAUAACCAUGACAGGAUGCACACACACACACACACACACACACACACACACACACACGUCCCCUUUCUCCCCCCAGCCCUGGGGAAGUUUGCGGCUUCAUGACCCGGGCCUCUGACAAUGCUGUAACUUCCUCGUCAUCCCCUCUGAUGCAGGACCCCGGUUGGUUUCUCCAUCUACUAUUUUUUGUUGUUGUGAAUCCUCUUAAGGAUAUUUCUCCUCUCCUGAUUUUUUAGAGAGAGUAGAAGGGAGUGGGGAGACAGAGAGACACAUCAGUUGGUUGCCUCCCACAAGCGCCCAACCAGGGCUGGGGAUCGAGCUUGCAAUUUGACUGGAAUCAGACCUGGGCCCUUUUGGUCUAUGGGCUGACAUUCUUACCACUGAGCCAAACCGGCCUGAGAUUUUUUUUUUUUUUUACCUAAGUGAUACCUCUCUUCACGAAGCCCUUGGUCUUCAGGUGAAGACACCUUUACGACUGGGGCUUUGCUUUCUGUGCAUUAGCCACUUCCUCACGCUCUUGUUCGCUCGUUCUCUGUGCAGUUAGUUCCUCAGCAGCAGCAGAGGCAGCCUCUCCUGAUGUCCUCCAAGAUCUUACGAAUUAGCCAUCUCACCUGUCAUCGCAUUUCCGGUACCGACUUCCCUGUGCGUCCCAGACCCAGGCACCGUUCCUGCCACCCCCCAACAGGCCAUCAAAGCCCCCCAGCUUUCACCCUCAGCCAUCGCCUUGUUUUCCCUGUGGCUGGGGUUUUGCUGUCACCCAGGCCCUGGGUGAUCUAUUUUGUGAUGUGUGUCCCAUUGCGAUGAGGGUGGGUGGAUGGGACAGAGACGGUCAAACUCCUCUAUCAUAAACGAGGCCGGAGCCUAAGCAGAAGUGAUGGGGUGAGGAGGAGCCAUGAGGCACUGAGCUAACCCAGCUCCCCAACAUCUCUAAGCCAGCUAAGCCACGCCCCUUUCCUGUGAGGCCUGGAGUGACCAGGAACUGAACUGAGCUGAGGUGUCUCAGAAUUACCCACUGGCUAGAGCUAGCUGAUACCCUUCCGUUUUCAAAGGGGGAGACAAUCACAUGGAUUACAAACUGCAAAUGGACAUUCACUGCUUCUCAGGCUUUAGUAUAGUUUGUCUUUCCCUCUUCCACAGAUUUAUGGCUGUAUUUUGUGUGUGUGUGCGCGCGCACUAUAGUUUAUGCAAGUUUGAGCUUGGAUAGAGGUGAGCUAACUGCAAGUUGAAUGGCUUUGACAUCCCAAUUUUCCUGUUUCUAAUGGUGGGUUUCACAAAACAAGGACAUUUGAGCUGCACAGUGAGACACGCUGUCUGUGCUGUGCCUGGAAAUGCAGUACAGAGGGUGCCCAUCCUGAAGCUGGGUUCUUCCCAACGGUGAUCACGCCCCUUCCCCCCAGACGGAGUAGGUGCUGAUCUCCUGUCUGUUUCUCUGUGCACAAGAGCAAUCAGACCGGGAGUGACCUGGCCGGAAAAAAUCCCACUCAUUGUCUGAAGCUGUCUCCCCACCCCAAUUCUCUUGUAACGCAUCCUAAGUACUGUUCAAGUGCCGUUCAUCUCUUCUGUCUGUGUGACAUUUGCCUUAAACAUAGCAGUCUUCAACAAUGAACACACUUUCUACCAGGA